AUGACAAUAACAUUAUUAUACAAUACGCGGCGGGCGGAUGUAUUGUGUCCCGCGGCGAAAACCCAAUACACAAAUACGGCCGAGACGUUAGAGUACAAAAGUUCGGGCGCGUUUACCGAGAAUCACGCGCCCGACGCAAAGUCGCCCGCGUGCCGAGGCCGCUGCGCACCAGCGGCGGCGUUCGUGUUUGGGCGACGGGACACGGGGAACAUAGUCCCCGGACGUUCCGGGCCCCGUAUGCUCGUCGUUGUCGAACUCGAUUGCCGAAUGGACUGCGUAUAGCCGCCGGCCGACAAUAACCGUCAGUCGUUGUUGCACAUUACAGCGAGCAUAAUCAGUAACGUCGCCAACGGCCGGCCGCCCGCCCGCCGACUGUUGUCGAACGUUUCGGAACUUCAAUUAUUGCGCGGGUUGGUGUCGCCCGCCGCGCGUACCGUACCGGCCGUGAUUGGAAUAGCCCGGGCGUUUACAUCUGAAACAUCCGACGGGAAUAACGACACCGUCAACCGAUCGAUUGGGGGGUGAGGGGACAGACGUGGGCGGAUCGCCGUACGCGAAAACCAAAAUCGUACGCUUACGCACAUUUCGCGGCGCGUAUACGAUACGAGGCAGUAGGGAAAAUCGGUAAAUAUUCGCGCGUUACAGACCGGAGCGCAGGCAAUCCCGUAGUUUUAACGACCGGCGUACGUAUACGAACCGCAGUGAUCGGACCGUGGGUGGCGCGUGCAGGUUCGGUGGGCGCGCCGAGUCCUCCGAGAGAAAAUCGCCGGACCGCGAUUAAAUAUACAACCGUCCGGCGUUGUCCGGAAACCGCCUUAACAAAAUAUUUUCUAAAGUUCCGCAAUUUACCAGAGCUGCUGGAACUGCGGUCGGAAGGCGCACGAAACGUGCAGCGGAUGCAACACGGCGCAAUACUGCAGUUCGUUUUGCCAGCACAAGGACUGGGAGACGCACCACCAGACGUGUUGCGUGCACUCGUCCGCCACCGUGCACCAACUGCAACAGCAACAGCAGGCCGCGGCCGCGACGCCGCCGACCGCGAAAAAACAGCAGCAGCAGCAGCAGCAGCAGCAGCAGCAGCAGCAACAGCAGCCGACACCGACGGCCGGCGUCGCGUCGUCGUCGUCCUCGUCGGCCGUGCCGGACGAUCUGUCGAUCAACAACAGGUCAGCCCAAUGCGGGAUAGAGAAACGGGGGAAACAAAAAAAAACACUAGAACGCGCCGAUGUAAUCGGAAACUAUCGAGAAUGACGUUGAAAUCGGGAGAAUAACUGUAAAAUGUAUUAGACACGAUAAAAAUACGUAACCGGUGAAAUGAAAUUCGAAUCGGCGACGAUUGCCGGUGUUAGAUUGACCGCGGAACUCGUUUCCGCCGGAAAUCUAAACGGUCGGAACGACAGUGUCCCGUCCGUACGUCAUUUUAUCGGCGAACAAAAAAAAAAAAAAAAAAGUUUUGAAUUUCGACGGCGCUGACCCGAGUCGCGAUUCCGUACAUGUCGCGGUAUUCUCGGAUAGCGUAUCGUCAGCGUUCCGAAUGUUGUUCGGUCGCGGGCACUUGUAAUUUACGUGCGUUCCGCGUUAUUCGGUUUACGACGGCGCCAUAAUAAUUAUUACGGGGUGGUGCGGGGUCUGUCAGCCGGCGUAUUCCGGACUGUUCUAAUGUUUUUUUUUUUUUUUUUUUUUUUUUUCUCGCUGUCCCGUACGUGCGCGAUUCAACUUCUGCGAUAGUAAAGUUAAUUUUUGAUUAUUGCGUAUUAUAAUUCCAAUAUUUUUAACGAUUGGCUUCCGCGAAUGUUUUUUAUUUUCUAAUCGAUAAUUUUAUAGCCGGCCGGCCCAAUCGACAGCUAAUGUCGCGCCGUCGUUUUGCAAGGCGGCGACCGCCGGCGCACCGGCCGACGCGUCUGCCGCCGCCGACAAGCAGCCGCACGGCAACAACGGCUGCGCCAAGCAACAGACGUGUUCAUCCUCGUCGGCCGCCGCGGCGUCCACCACGACGACGACAACGACAACGACGACGACGGCCGGCGGCGGCAAACAGCUCCAAUAG